AAGAAAAGAGUAAAAAUACGGUUUACAAAUACGGAAAAGUUUGAUCAAUAGUUUCGAUGAGGAAUGGCGACGUUCAGCAGCAGCAAUUCGGUGUGCACGAAUUCGGGCAGAAUUAUCCUCGAGCCCAUCGAGUUUCCUAUUUCCAGCGAGCUACCGGAGAAGAUUAACAAAUUGCUGGAAUCGGUGAAAAGUUUAGAGUUGGAAUCGGGUAGUUCCGAAAUCAGUGAAAUCUCGGAUCCGAUGCGAGAGUUUUACAAAGACAGUAUUUACUACAAUAGGACGGCCAUAAAGCAUCUGUCUAGAUCCGAAAUCCAUAAGAAAAUUAUGGAUGGAUUCACUGAUGAAUUCAGGAAGACUUCGGAAAAUCUUCGCGAGGAAAUGAAUGUGAGUUUCAAUUAUAAUUUUGUUCGAUUUAUGACUAUAUAUAUAUAAAUAUUUAUCAGUUAGGUCAUUGGUUGCUAGAGGAAGAAGACUUUGAAAAGAACGACGAUGGUGUUAAGGCAAUGGCCGAGAAAAAGAAGAAAGCUCUUAGAGAUGUUGAAUAUAUCAAUGAAGAUUAUCCGGAACCUUCGGAGACUGGAGCGUCUUCCUUAACGUAUGACUACAUGUCUGGUAUUUGGAGGAUGGUUCGAGAGAGGUGCCAGGAAGACGAAGAAUUCUUCGUCACACCAGUCGGUUACAACGUUUAUAGAGAUACGGAGAACUACUGGUUGGAGUACCCGGAGGUAAACGGUGAAGUGUUGGAGGCGGCAAAGGACAAGUGCUCG